GCCUGAGCAUGCUCACUGUCUCAGUGUGUACCGUCAACCUCCAUCAGCCACAUAGUUUCCUCUACGUUUUGCAGAAGACAACAAACACCUGCCUUCACAUGUGCUGAAUUGUCUGUUCUUGACGCGACAUCACCGUGACAAAUACUACUAUUUCUCGCCGCGUAUUCUUGAUUUUUAUCGCACUCCAACACGAGCACCGCGUGGUUGCUUUAUAUCCUUCUAUCUCAUCCCGACCAAAUUACCGAUUUCCUCACUCUGCGCGCAGAUCCUAUGUCAGAGAACCAUUUUCCUCAGAGGGUCGGCAACUAUUGGCUUGGGGAAUGUCUGGGCUCUGGUUACUCGGCAUGACUUUCCCGUUCUAACGACGAGAAAUAGGCUCCAUCUUCAAAGCGCACCAUGUGCACAGUGGCCAAAUAGUCGCCCUGAAACUACAACAUGUGGACGUCGAAUGCCCCACAAAUCGCUACGAACGCGGUUUCUACCCCUCACUCCAGGGCGGCGUGGGCAUGCCGACUUUGUGGCAGUCAGGCGUCGAAGGCGAAUGGGAUUAUCUCGUCAUCGACCUCCUGGGUACCAGUUUAGAUUCACUCUUCCGAAAACGGGCGAAGGAUGUCAUGGACCUCCGCAGUGUGCUUUGUAUCGCUCAGCAAGUGAUAUCGAGACUGGAGUUCAUGCACAAUCGCGGAAUCCUCCAUCGAGACAUUCAGUUGGGUAACUGUGUAAUAGGGCUUCGGCCUUUCCAGCACAUCAUCUACAUGAUUGACUUUGGGUUUUCAAAACGCUAUAUUGACCCAGCGACGAACCGACAUAUACCCGAUAGUAAAGCCAAGCGUGACUUUAUUGGCAAUUACUGGUUCAGUUCCGUUGGUGUGCAUUGUCGAGGACGAGUACCCUCACGACGAGAUGACUUGGAGGCAGUCGCUUUGAUGCUCAUUCAUUUGCUCACACCUGGUGGUCUCUCCUGGACACGGAACGGUGUCCCGAAAACCGACGCAGCACACGACCGACUCAUUCGAGAAAAGCGUGAUGCGCGUCCAGAAGACCUUUGUCGUGGUCUCCCUCCAGAAUUUGAAGACUUCCUCAGGUAUUGCAGGAGAUUGAAGUUUGCUGAACGACCGGAUUAUCAACGUUGGAAAAAUGAGUUCAGGGAGCUGGCUGUGGAGAAGGAGUAUCCAGAUAACGAUGCGUUCAUUUGGCCACCACCUAACCCUGAGACUACGGUUCGGGUGCAAGCACAUCCCAAGCCACCGGCAACCAAAUCUGACGAGAUUGAACGACUGCUGCACGGCCUUGUCAACCUCCAUGUCGCUGAUCGUCCAGUUCUGGGUACCCGCAAUAUCAACGAAGUAGGUGCUCCACCCGUUCAGGCAGCAGUUAAGCCAAUCGAGAAGCCGAAACCCCUGCAUGAGGACACGGAAGGAGUCAUAGUGAUCAGCAGCGAUGGCGAGAAUGACAGUCAGAAAGCUCCAGCGGCGCAUCGACUACCUAAAGCAACGCACUUGACGCAAUUGGCACGCAGAGUCCCUGAUGCGACGGACAACGUGGCAUUGGCAAAAGUCGUGCGCGAAUUUGUAGAGUUUCUCAAGACAAGUCGGUCACGUACGCUCACGAAAGAAGGAUUCGCAGUCCUGGAUGCGGUGUACAAGCAAUUGGCAGAUCCAUCGGUAUACGUCGUCCCACUUCGGACUUCCCGUCGCAAUAACGCCAACGAAUCGAGAGAAAACGCGAACGCUCCUUUGGACGCUCGGAGGGCGAAGAUGAAUAAGUUGUUCGCGCUUAGAAGGGAGGUCGGUCAGGCGAAGGAUAACAAGACGCUCGCGAGGAUGGUAGCAGACUUUGGCACGGUCAUCGACCAGAGCAAUGGCAGGACCAUUACCAAGGAUGCGUUUGGUUUCCUAGAUGGUCUUGCUGCAAAACUCAGAGCUAUGAGCUAGUCCAGGUCGUUCCUGGACUCUGGAGUCCCUGAUAUCUGGCUACGAUCAACGCUUCCCCCUGUGACUUCUUCCAGUCGGACUGAUGAAGAAGUCUAUAUAUACAUGAGUAUCAUACAACACAACUAUUGGCCUUCCUUCUUGAUGUAUUUAUCAUUCAAUGUACUUGUUAUUGUUACGCUGUCGCGUACAGCAAUUCUACUCCAAGAGAAUUGGAGAGACAAGUCGGGGCAGUCGAAAUGCCGUCUGGAGUGUUCGAGUGCUAGUCUUGACAGUGCAUGGAAGCUCAAUUUUUUGGGGGUUCCCGAGGAAUCGUUCGACAAUGGCAUCAGUUGUCUCUCUCUGAAAG